AUGGAGAUGAUGAUGUUUAAUGCGUCAGAUCUGCCAUUGACGCAGCUUCGGAGGCCUUUGUCUGAUUUCCGCUUUCUUUGGUUUUCACUUUUCAUGGGACUGAGUCGAACUACAAGACAUAACCCUGUUCUUCCAACCAAAUCUCCAAUUCUUACUCUCACACGUUCUCGUUCUCAAACCAUGAAAACAACACAGAUUUUUGGUGUGUCUCUCUCACUCAUUCUUAUCAACCUUGCUGCUAUUAUGGAGCGCGCGGAUGAGAACCUUCUUCCAUCCGUAUACAAAGAAGUUAGUGAAGCAUUUAAUGCCGGACCAUCUGAUUUGGGUUACCUCACAUUCAUAAGAAACUUUGUUCAGGGAUUGUCGUCUCCUCUAGCUGGUAUACUUGUUAUCAACUAUGAUCGCCCAACGAUUCUUGCUAUGGGAACUUUCUGCUGGGCGUUAUCUACUGCUGCAGUGGGUGUUUGCCACAAUUUUCUGCAGGUUGCAUUCUGGAGAGCAAUAAAUGGCUUUGGUUUGGCAAUUGUGAUUCCAGCACUCCAGUCUUUCAUUGCUGAUAGCUACAUGGAUGGAGUGAGAGGAACUGGGUUUGGAUUGCUGAGUCUCAUUGGCAACUUAGGAGGCAUAGGAGGUGGUGUUCUGGCUACUGUCAUGGCUGGGAAACAGUUUUGGGGUAUACAAGGGUGGCGAUGUGCAUUCAUUUUGAUGGCAACUUUGAGUGCAUUAAUUGGAUUCCUUGUUUUACUAUACGUAGUUGACCCAAGAAAAAGACUUCCCACCACUCGAGAUGCUAGCGAGAGUUCAGACAGGGACGAGUCCAUCAUCUAUAAAGGCAAUGCAAGCACAGCAUCAAUCUGGAUGGGCUCUUGGGCAGCCACGAAAGCUGUGAUCAAAGUGAAAACAUUUCAAGUAAUUGUCUUACAGGGCAUUAUUGGGUCACUGCCGUGGACUGCCAUGGUGUUCUUCACAAUGUGGUUCGAACUAAUUGGUUUUGAUAACAACACUUCAGCAACCCUGCUUAGUUUUUUUGCUAUUGGAUGUGCCAUGGGGUCUUUCAUAGGUGGAUCAAUAGCUGAUCAAUUAUCACAAGUCUACCCUCAUUCUGCUCGUAUCAUGUGCGCACAGUUUAGUGCCUUUAUGGGCAUUCCGUUCUCAUGGUUUCUUCUUAGGGUGAUCCCUCAGUCAGUAAGUAGUUUUCUUACCUUUUCUGUGACCCUCUUUAUGAUGGGUCUAACUAUCAGCUGGAAUGGUACGGCUGCGAAUGCUCCUAUGUUUGCUGAGGUAGUCCCUGUCAAACACCGUACCAUGAUUUACGCAUUUGAUCGAGCUUUUGAAGGCUCGUUCUCUUCUAUAGCGGCUCCGCUAGUAGGGAUUCUUUCUGAGAAAAUGUUUGGCUAUAAUUCAAAGUCCGUUGAUCCCAUCAAAGGAUCUUCACCAGAGGCUCUUGCCUUGUCAAAGGGCCUUCUUUCCAUGAUGGCUGUUCCAUUUGGUUUGUGUUGUUUAUGCUACACUCCUCUAUAUUAUAUAUUUAAGCAGGACCGUGAAAAUGCUAGAAUGCUUGCUGUGAAAGAGGAGGAGAUGAUGUGA